AUGGACCAGUCCCUGUCGAAUCACCCGCAGUCGUCGCGAGGAGGUGCAGCGACCGGCGUCUACGAUAUAUCACACGGCGGCCACUACGGCGCCAGUGCAGCACUCGUCAACUCCGGCUUCGCCGCUCCCGAACUUUACACCGGACCUUGGGCCAAUGUGCACCAGGGUCUGCACGGCCAGUACAAGGAUAUCUUGACGACCUACUGGCAAAACACGAUCAACCACCUCGAGUCCGACCAGCACGACUACAAGCUGCAUCAGCUUCCGCUCGCGCGGAUUAAGAAGGUUAUGAAGGCGGACCCCGAAGUCAAGAUGAUCUCGGCUGAGGCCCCGAUCCUGUUCGCCAAGGGCUGCGACAUCUUCAUCACCGAGCUGACGAUGCGCGCGUGGAUCCACGCCGAGGAAAACAAGCGCCGGACCCUGCAGCGGUCCGACAUCGCGUCCGCCCUAGCCAAGAGCGAUAUGUUCGACUUCCUGAUCGACAUUGUGCCGCGCGAGGAGGCGAGCCACGCUAAGCGCGCGAACCCGACCGCCCAGGCGCAGUCCUCGCAGGGCGUACCCGCCACUCCUGGCGGCCAGAUGCCUGGGUCGCACGGCAUCCCCGGCGCCGCCAACCACAUGGGCGGGCCGGGCGAUUAUGGCAUGGCCAGCCACGGCAUGGGCACCGACCAGGAGUACCGCGGCCCUCCCAUGUACAACCAGGUCCAGGCCGGCCCCGGCGGCCCCUACAGCCAGCAGCCCCCGCAGCCCAUAUACGGCGACAUGGAGGGCAUGUACGGCUACCCGGGCAUGCCCCAACAGCAGUAA